UAAACAAAAAGAAAACUCUCUCCUCUCCAAUCUCCUAAAGCUGCUCCAUCUCUCUCUUGUAUUUCGGCUAAACACUAUUCCCUCCAAAACCCGCAUAAAUUGUUGAUUGGAAAAUUUAAAAAAAAAAGAAAGAGAGAGAGAGAGAAGAAAAAUGUCGUCGGCGGAGCCAUCGGAAUCCUUCAAACCCUACUCCCUCACUCAAACCCUAACGGGCCAUAAGCGCGCCAUCUCCGCCGUCAAAUUCUCAUCCAACGGGCGCCUCCUUGCCUCCUCCUCCGCCGACAAGACCCUCCGCACCUACUCCGUAUCCCUCGACGGCGCCGCCGCCGAUCCCGUCUCUCCUCUCCACGAAUUCCAAGGCCACGACCAAGGCGUCUCCGACCUCGCCUUCUCCUCUGACUCCCGCUUCCUCGUCUCCGCCUCCGACGACAAGACCCUACGCCUCUGGGACGUCGCCACCGGCUCCCUCAUCAAGACCCUCCAUGGCCACACCAACUACGUCUUCUGCGUCAACUUCAACCCUCAGUCCAACAUGCUCGUCUCCGGCUCCUUCGACGAGACCGUCCGCAUUUGGGACGUCAAGACCGGGAAGUGCCUCAAGGUCCUGCCUGCGCAUUCCGAUCCCGUCACUGCCGUCGAUUUCAAUCGCGACGGCUCGUUGAUAGUGUCGAGCAGCUACGACGGCUUGUGUAGGAUUUGGGACGCUUCGACGGGGCAUUGUAUGAAGACUCUAAUCGAUGACGAGAAUCCGCCGGUUUCGUAUGUCAAAUUCUCCCCCAAUGGGAAGUUCAUUCUCGUUGGCACUUUAGAUAAUACUUUGAGGCUAUGGGACUUCUCAAAGGGGAAAUUUCUGAAGACAUACACCGGCCACGUUAAUUCGAAAUACUGCAUCGCAUCCACAUUUUCCGUGACAAAUGGGAAAUAUAUUGUCAGUGGAUCUGAAGAUAAUUGUGUGUACUUGUGGGAAUUGCAAACCAGGAACAUUCUACAGAAAUUGGAAGGUCACACUGACACAGUUAUAUCAGUAUCUUGUCACCCAACUGAGAAUAUGAUUGCAUCCGGUUCACUCGGAAACGACAAGACUGUGAAGAUCUGGACUCAGGCUAAGGAUUGAUACAUCUAUCAUAUAUGGUGCUGGCAUAGAUUUUGAUUUGGAGAGGGGCUCUGAUCUGCUACCUGGAAAAAACCCAUGUUUUUGGAGAAAACUGGGUAGAUGGUGAAUGGCUUUCAUAAUUUAACUGUGUUAAUUAGUUGUCUCAUUGUAUUAUUUUUUUCACCCUUGGCAGAUAAGAAGUCUGAUUGUAUUUGUAUGUAGGAAAGGAUUCUUCUUCGAGCUUUAGUCUGAACUCUCCUGUUCAUAUGCUAAUUAAUUAAUUGAUAUU